GACCCCUCCUUUGGUGCUGCCCAACCAGUGAGUCCUUUAAAUGCACUUCAGCAGUGAUCACACAGAGCUGACAAACUUCAACUGGAGGGGGAAGAUGAUGUCCUUGGAUGGACCGCAGAAGACAAUCAGUAACCCGAUGAUCCCAUAUGUUGGGACAAUACUUGGUGGCCUUGUUCCUGGAGAGCUGAUUGUAAUACAUGGGACUGUUCCUGAUGAUGCAGACAGGUUCCAGGUGGAUUUACAGUGUGGUAGCAGCAUAAAGCCUCGAGCUGAUGUGGCAUUUCAUUUCAACCCUCGCUUCAAAAGGUCUGGCUGUGUUGUUUGCAACACACUAGAGAGGGAAAAAUGGGGCUGGGAAGAGAUCACUUAUGAGAUGCCCUUUCAAAAAGGAAAGUCAUUUGAGAUUGUCAUCAUGAUUUUAAAGGAUAAAUUCCAGGUGACUGUGAACAAGAAGCACUUGCUGCUCUACAACCACAGAAUUAGCCUUCAAAGAAUAGAUACUCUUGGAAUAUAUGGCAAAGUGCAGAUCAAAACUAUAGAUUUUGUUUCUAAUUCUUCACAAGGCUCUCAGCCAUCAUCUCUAGGAGUUACAAAGCUAAAUACAGAAACUGGGGAUAUUCCAGACGGCUCAGAAUUUGAUGUUCCUUAUGUUGGGAAACUUGAUUCUGCACUUUGUCCAGGAUGCACAGUUGCCAUUAAAGGAGAAGUGAAUAGGAAUCCCAAAAGCUUUACGAUAAAUCUGAAACCAAGUGGCUCAAAGGACAUUGCAUUACAUCUGAAUCCCCGAGUGAAAAAUCAAGUUUUUGUAAGAAACUCAUACCUUCAUGACAGCUGGGGAGAAGAAGAAAAGGAAAUUGCCAACUUCCCUUUCAGUCCAGGAAUGUACUUUGAGCUGAUCAUUUUCUGUGAUACCCACCAGUUCAAAGUUGCUGUUAAUGGUGUUCACACACUGGAGUACAAGUAUCGUUUUAAACAACUUGAAAAGAUCAACGUAGUGGAAAUCAUGGGAGAUAUUCAGUUGCUAGAUGUGAGGAGCUGGUAAUUCUUUUCAAUCUAGAAGAAUUAAAUCUGUUCUGAGGACAGUGCCUCCUUGUUGAGUACAAACAGAAGCUGAUUUGAGCUAAGCAUGCCUUUAAUCUAUCUAGCCUUCUGCGUCUGCCCAGUACCAGAACUGCUGGCUGUGAGAUUAAAUCCUCCUCUAGUUUACAAUAUCCUGGCAAGCUAAGUAAGUGUUUGCUCAGAUGUAUCUCCUGUAUUAUUGAAUGCAGCAAUAUGAAAACUGAUGUGUCUUACUAACAACUGCACUUGGUAUGUUUAAGUUAAAACUGCUACUUGUUACUCCUUGAUAGCACACAUUCAAUAUUGAGAAGUACGAAGAGACUGAAACAGGAUCUGAAGAUGUGGUUAUCCACUGCAAAAGGGAUAUUGAUAAUUAAUUUAAGAGAUAAUUAUUAAAUAUACUCUAUUUAAGAGAUAAUUAUUAAAUAUACUCUUCUGCUUCUGUAUUAGCAACUACAGCUUUUUUAUUGAGGCUGGAUUAAGCAGUUGACCCAUCAGUUCUAGCAAUAGGCAAGGAUGUUACUUCUUAGCUAGCUGCUCAGUAGUGCCUUCUCUCUCAGUUAUGGUUCCAUUAUUUGCUGCUUGUAAGUAGC